AUGGGCAAUCAGAGCUCCAAAGAAAAAAGUCCUACCUCACCCGUAGCAAAUCAUUCGUCGAGCUCAAAUUCCUCCACCGUAAAUACACGGAAGGAGAAGGAGCAUAGGGCUCCGACGUUACACAACAAUGCAACAAGACCACCACACCUCGAAAAACACUCUGCCAGCCCCUCUCCAUCGCAACGACCCCAAUAUCAAGACUCAAUGGGCAACGAUCAAUCGAAGCAAGCACCUCAGGAUGAAAAUAAGAAGGAAAAGUCCAGGACAACGGGGAAAUCAACGCCCGUCAAGGUCCCUCGCGGCUCUGAUCCAAGACGACAAAGAGGACCAGACUCACAGUUCGAAUCCUCUGGCCCUCCCAGAGAUCCCAAUUUCGUACCUCACUCAAACCUCAAUUUCCCCCCUCGGAUGCCCCUUCCCAUCGAGGAAGAGUUCCACGCUCCAUAUUCUCCAACGAUCGCACCUCAGGAAUUUUCUUCUUCUUUACACGAGGAAGACUUCGACGGCGCUAUACCCCGUCAAUCCUCUGUCAUAAGCAGCACAACACUCGAAGAAGAAGAAUUAGGCAAUGAGCUUCAGCCAUAUCCGUAUGAAGCGCCGCCUCAGGGGCUUGUACCAACUCGGCUGCAAUGGACGCAAGGUGGUGAUAGGAUCUAUGUCACCGGAACGUUUGCCGGUUGGAAUAGAAAGUUUCGCAUGAGCAGGGAUUCUACAACGGGACACCACGCGACAGUUCUCCAACUCCCACCAGGAACCCAUCAUGUUAAAUUCAUCGUCGACGGGGAGAUGCAGCUUUCCAAUGAACUGCCUACAGCUGUGGAUUACACCAAUAUCCUUGUCAAUUAUCUGGAGGUGAGUGCCGAUGACAUACCCAAGGGAUCUCCGGACGAGGGAAGGGUCCCACAAGGGUUUCAUCCGCCUCAAGUGCUUCCUCAAGUGCUCCAUGAAGGCACAGAAGCAAAAGACCAUGCACCGGAUUCUGUUGGUAAGACUCAGCUUGUCGAGGAGGAGCAAAAGGUGGAGCCAGUCUUCUGGGGGAAGGUUGUACCCAAGUACCUUCAUGAUAUCGACCUAUCGGAGCAAUCCAGACGCUAUCAGCGAGCUGCACGAGGUGUCUCCGAUUUCUCUGCGCCUCCAGGGUUACCACUGUUUCUCGGUAAAUCAAUCCUCAAUGGCACAACUCCCAUGAAGGAUGACAGUAGCGUCUUGAAUAUGCCAAAUCACACCGUCUUGAAUCAUCUAGCUACGAGCAGUAUCAAGCACGACGUACUUGCUACAAGCAUUACUACUCGCUAUAAGCGGAAGUAUGUGACAACGAUCGUAUACAAGCCCACUGAAGAGUAG